GAACCAAGGAUGCUGGAUGGCGAUGUCCAUUUUGUCUCUAAACAGCACGGUGCUGCUCAAAUACAACCUGGUGCCUGUCCUGCUUGUCUACUUAUAUACACCACUGGAUCUUUCUGGAACAAUGAUGAUACCUGCAUUUCGUUUCAUCAUGGCUGACCGCACAGUUCCUCACGCAUACCCUAUGAGUGUUAAUUAUGAGAUGUGUACUCCUGCUCGGAUAUAUGACCAGAACUUUGCAGAAGCGCUAAGUCCUCAGGACCUGAUGGCUCCGGUGCUGUACCACGGAUAUUACAUACGUCCCCGUAUCAACAAACAGCUGGAGAGGGGCUUCUCACAGGUGGACAACGAGGACGACUGGUACCGUGUUCUUCUAGACGUCUGUCAGUUCACACCGGACGAGUUGAGCGUCCGAACUGUGGACAACCUAUUAGAGGUGACGGGGCGCCAUAGUCAAAGGGUGGACGAACAUGGCUUUGUUUCCAGAGAAUUCACACGCACCUACAUCCUUCCUAUGGGUGUCGACCCACUGCUGCUGCAAGUGUCUAUAUCUCAUGACGGGAUUAUGUGCAUCCAGGCACCAAGGAAGAUCCAGGAUCUAGAGCCUAAAAUCAACGAGCUCAAGAUCAGAGUGGACAAGAAGGGAGGGAAAAGCUGCUAAAGUGGACUGCCAAGUUCUUUUUUUUCUUGUUUUUAUACAAGGUUUUGGUAAAAGCAAUGCAACACAAAGCACUUUACCAGGACUUACAUCCUCUGCGCACUUCCCCAAACUGCUCUGCUUUGGGAAAGUCUAUGCAGACUGAGUAAACGUGGUUUAUACCUGAGUUUUCAAAUAUGUUCAUGUAAAAACAAAUUGCAAAAUUAUUUUAAAAGUUUGUAUCAAAAGCUCCAGGGUUUUUUAGCUUUCAUUAAAAUUGAUUUGCGAUUAGGUAAAUAAACUAGUUUUGUCAGUCAUGCCAAGAAAAAGGGAUAAACUAUACAGAAAUUUUCAUGUACAGUGUUUGUUAUGUUGUGUCUGUACUUCAUAGCACUGCAUUUUUAAAAAAAAAAAAAUUUAAAUAAUUGUUUUGGGUUUAAUAGAAAGAUCUAUAUUUAUAAUAACAGAUAUUUAGAUAUCUACAAAGUCCCCCUAUUUCACGGUACAAUAGAUAGAAAGACAAAUCACAACUACCUUUUU